GCGCCUCGCGCAGAGGGACCACAACUCCCAGAGUGCUCCGCGUCCUGGUUUCCGCCUCCACCUCUGCUCCAGGGCGCACGCGCAACCAGGGGAGCGGUGUCUCGCGCAGAGACCACAACUUCCAGAGUGCUUCGCGUCCUCUCCGCUGUCCCCGCCGCCGAGACCAAGAUGGCCGCAACCCCUUGCAGGGGUGACCCUCCUCGCCACUCCUCCAGGACUCGGCGCCUUCCUCAAGAAUGCUUGGGCCAAGGAGCCAGUACUGGUCGUGUCCUUCUUCAUCGGGACCCUCGCUAUAAUUCUGCCCCCAAUCAGCCCCUACUUCAAGUACUCUGUCAUGAUCAACAAGGCCACACCCUACAACUACCCAGGCCUUGGAGACGUGCUGGUCUCAGUGGCCCCCUCCUGUCCCACAGUGCCUGUCCGCGAUGAUGGGAACAUGCCCGACAUACCCAGCCACCCCCAGGACCCCCAGGGGCCCAGCCUGGAGUGGCUGAAGAACCUGUGAGCACCUCCACUGACCAAGGCGGGCCCUCUCUCGGCUCCCAAUAAAAA